GUGUACGUAAGUUUGGAAUUGCAGAAAAAAAAAAAUUAGUUUCGUGUCAAAAUACAUUCUCUUUUGAGCGAUUUUGAUUCAUUCGUCAUUUAAAUCGAACAUUAGCCAAAUCGGAUUGAAAGUGGCCAAACAAAGCAGCUGUAUCAACGAAAGCAAUUGAGCUACGACGAAAAAUAAACACAUUUUUUUUCUCUCGUUCGACCACAUUUACUGCGUUUGACCACAAUACGUUUUUUUUUUUUUGAAAUUCCUUUUUUGAUAAGAAUAUCUUGCGGGUGAAUUUAAUUCAUUGAUGUUACGGAAAACCACUUCAUCUGUAUAAACAGCUUAUAGCACACAUACAAAUAAGACACAGAAAGAAAGAGAGCGAGCGAGAUAGAUAGAAAAGAAAAAUUGUGGAAUAAAACUGCAUACAUUCAAAAUAUAUUGAAUGAGGCAUUUCACACACAUGAUGUAGCUUAUCGAUGCCAAUGAGGCGGUUUCAUUUAUAUGAUCCAACAAUUAAUUGAUGGCUCAAGCAAAAAUUUAUCAAAUACCAAAAAAAAAAAAUAGCACGAACAGUCGUUGAAAUAUUUGGUGAACGUGUGUGAAAGACUGAUCGUUUCGAAUAGAUUGCUUUUCAAAAAAACAAAAAUAAAAUUCCUUCAAAAAUGGAUCAACGCUUAGGAUUGGGCAAUGAAGUGCGUGAAUUGAAAUUAGGCUCAACAUUCAAUACACCAAAACCGCGUACAUCGUUUCACACAUUGAAAUAUGAUUUCAAGCCAGCUAGUGUGGACUUAUCAAAAACGGCAACAUUAGAUGUCAGUUCAAAUAAUCAAGUGACUGUGACGGUGCCACAUUUGGAUUCAUCGGGCGUUCCAAAAACGGUAUUCAAAGGCAACCAACGUAAUUAUACAAAAGAAUGUGUGCUGAUAAUCGAUAAGGUGACGGGCGAAAUAACAUUGGAAAAAUUGCAUCACAAUAUUCAAGUGAAGAAAACGCGCAGUGAAACAAAUAAUAAAGCAUCAUCGAAUUUUUCUUCACAUCAAUCAAAUGCAAACAAUGCAAGUGGAAGUGGCGGUGGCGGCGGCGGAGGUGUCAGUGGUGGUGGUAGUGGUGGUAUUGGAGCCAGCGCCAGUGGUAGCAUAAAUAGUGGAAAUGCGGCCACAACUAGUGUUGCAAUGAACAGUAAUGCAUCGGAUCGUCCUUAUCUUCAAAAUAAUACACAAAGAGUAUCGAAUAAGACACGAGUAUCAACUGGUAUACGAAAAAAUGCACUCGGUUCGUUUGUUCAACGUCAUUCGCCCAUUCAAGGAUCACCAUCAUAUCCACAUCAUCGGAGUCCACAACAAGCGCCAGCAUGGAAUGCAAACAAUGGACAAUCAACGUUGCCAAGUAUUCCAAUCAUUGGUAUGGACGAUGAUAUUAUGCCAAUGACAAGACCAACCACGAAUAAUGUAAAUAAUAGUACAGCAAAUGUCGCUGCAGCAUCGUCUGCAUCAAAUCUAGACACACAUCAACUUAGUUAUCAUUCAAAUAAACCAUCGAAAUCAUCGCCCAAAAUGAAUGCGCCUUUAAAUAAUCCAAUAUCACAAUCGAGCCACAGUGCCAAUAACACCAGUUUAAAAAAUUCAAGUAGCCUUAAAACAAGUAGUUCAUAUGAUAAAAUGCAACAAUCACGACAAUCAAAUAGUAGCCAUCAUCAUCGUAAUAAUAAUCAUCAUCAUCAGCACCAUCAAACAUCAUCGUCAUCAAUACCAGCAUUACCUAAGGAUAUUUCGAGUGAAAUUGGCGUUCUAUCCUCAUCUGACUCAAGUGAUUCAUCCGACUCGGAUAGCAAUAGUAAUAGUAACAGCAAUAGUAGCGAUUCGGAUAGCAACAGCAAUAGUGACGAUGAUGAUGAUGAUGACGACGACGACGAUGAUACCAAUAUGAAUCAACAACAUUCAAAUGUAAUUCGUAAACCACCACAACCAGUCAAUAAUGGAACGGGCCCAUCAUUGCCAACGCUGCUUCUUGACGAAGAUCUACGUCUAUCAUCAAACUCUUCCGAUUCGGACGAUGAUUAACUGUUUACAAAUUCUACCGAUUUUAUUUUUGUAACGCAUAUUUUGUAACUUGUUUUUUUUUUUUUUUUUUUGUUGAGGAUUUAAAAAAAGGGAAAAAGAGGAGAAACGAAAGUGCACAUAAUCCAUGCAAUUGAAGAAUUAAUUGAACAUUACGAAUUUUCUUUGUUUCGUUUUAAAUCAAUAAGUUCUGUUUUUAAAUAAUAAUAAUAAUAAUAAUUGAUGAUAUCAAAAAUCAAUUUUCAUGUC